AUCAAGUGCAAACCAAAACUGUUGUAAUGAAACACCAGCCAGAACUAGUGAACAGGAAAUUGCAUAUUUACCAAGACAAAUUUCAGUAAUAUGCAAGUCUUCGAGAGAAGUUACUAAAAGAAAACACUGGUAGUCAAUGCUGAUUCGCUGUUGUGAUGUCACGGGAUUGUAUUUACCCUCCAAAGGAAUCAAAACCGAAAAAUCAUUUAGACGUCAAUGAACGAGAGAGGAAGAACAAUGAAAUGAGAAAAUCAAUGGCCGGGCCUGCAUACGGGGUGCCCGUGUACCCGAUGAAUGCAGCAAGAACUGGAAGCCGACUCGGGGCAACAAGAGAACCACAGCACUACGACGAUUCCAACUCGUUCAGUGAUGGCCAUUUUGGAAGAGAUACUUACCUGGGAAAAUCCUCUAAAAGGGACAUCGAGGAGACGAUCCUAUACAAUGCCAAUAGUAAUGAUUUUGAUGAAGUUGGAAGUCAGCAUGUCUGGCCGGGGGAGAAUGUUGGGGACCACAGAGAUUGGAUGGACAAGAUCCUAGGGGGAACGUUUCAGAGAAAUUACCUGGACAGAAAUUCAUUCCGCGCAAGCCUACGUCUGGAUACCAAAUCCCCAAUACAGCACAUGGGCUUUGUGUCAGAGAGCGACGGGAACUCUUUAGACAGCUCUUAUGCAGACCCUACCAUCACACGACGGACCAUAUUCUGUAUUCUAGGGGGCAUUUUACUGAUCCUACUAACCGUUGUACCCGUUGUUGUUUUCAUCAUUAUAAAAGAUGAUGAUACCACAACCACAUAUAAUACAUACUAUGUUGCUGAUAGUCAAAUAAGUGUCAACCAAUCUUACCAGCAAAACUACUCGAAUAGCAGUUCUUUAGAAUUCAAGAACUUCAGUGAAACAUUUUGUACAGAGAUGAGAACAGUUAUAGAAAGAUCCUUUGUUGGAGAUGAAUUAAGGCAGUGCAACGUUAAGGAACUCUUGAACGGAAGUGUGAUUGUCAUUUUCCAAAUAACCUUCAUAGCCUCCGAGAAGCAGAUAACGAAGGAUAAUCUAAUUAUUUGGAUCAAUACUGAAAUACGGAAUGGCGUGAACAGCACAGAAGGUACAACAAUUGCAUUUAUUUCAAACUCGUUGGAGGUUUCUGAAAUAAAAAGAGAAUCAUAUACGGUAAACAAUGACCCUUAUGGAGCAACUACUACAUCAUCAACACUAUCAACAACUCCAUCCCAAACUACUGCCAGCAGUAUCAAUGUGACAACCGAAUCCAGUAUCUCUCAAUCUACAACAGAAUCACAAUCAACUGAUAUAACAAGCUCAAGCGAGACAAUAAGUUCUGAAACAACAACUGAAAAGUUUGAUUCGUCGGAUAGUACUCUUGAUUCAAGCUCUGAAUCAACAGAAACAUCAUUUAGUUCAAUAGUUAUGUCAAGUGCGCCUAAUAUUAUCAGUACAACAGAACUUACAAGUGAAAAAUCAGAACCAAUGACAACUCAAGAAAACAAUAUUACUUCGUCGACAACAAAUACAACUUCAACAACAGAUAUGCCAACAAAAACAACAGAGAUAAUGACUCAAACAACAGAUAUGACAACUCAAACAUCAGAUGCUACAACUCAAACAACAGACAUAACAACGCAAACAUCAGUUACUACAACUCAAAAACCAGAUAUUACAACACCGACGGACGAGAUGACAACUCAAACAAUAGAAAUGACAACACAAACAACAAAGAUGACAACUCCAACGACAGAGAUAAAACAAACAACAGAAAUGACAACCCUAACGACAGAGAUAUCAACACAAACAACAGAGAUGGCAAUUCCAACGACAGAAAAAGCAACUCCAACAACAGAAAUGACACCUCAAACAACAGAGAUGACAACCCAAACAACAGAUAUGACAACUAAUACAGAAGAGUUGACAACACAGACGACACAGAUGACAACAAAAAUAACAGAGAUGACAACUUUAACGACACGGACAACGACUCCAAUACUAGAAACAACAACUCUUACAAAAGUGAUUACAUCUCCAAUAAUAACUCAAACAACAGAAAUGACAACUGAAACAGCAGAAAAGACAUCCUUAACACCAGAGAUGACAACUCAUUUAGAAGAAAUGACAUCUCUAAUAGCAACUCAAACAACAGAAAUGACCACUCAAACAACAGAAAUUACAUUUUCAAUGCCAGAGAUGACAACUCAUACAGAAGAGAUUACAUUUCCCAAAGCAACUCAAACAACAGAUAUGACAACCCAAACAACAGAUAUGACAACUAAUACAGAAGAGGUUACAUCUCCAUUAACAACUCAAACAACAAAAAAGACAACUCAAACAACAGAAAUGACAUCUUCAACACCAGAGAUGACAACCUAUACAGAAGAACUGACAUCUCUAAUAGCAACUCAAACAACAGAACUGACAAAUCAAACAACAGAAAGUACAACCCAUAUAAUAGAGAAGACUUCAGAGAUGACAAAUCACACAAUGAAAAUAACUUCACCGGGAGUGACGAUAACUCAGCAAACAGAUUUGAUUGCUCAAACAUCAGAGUUGACAACUCCAACACCAAAUAUAACAACUGGAAUAACUGAAAUAACAUCUCCCAGAAAAGAAACGACACCUUCUCCAAACACACAAAUAACAACUCAAAUAAUAGAGAUCGCAAAUCAAACAACAGAAAUAACAACUAAAAAUACAGAUAUAACAUCUCAAACAACUCAACUUAACAACGUAUCUAUGUCAACUCAACCAAAUGAUGUUUCUCUGUCAACUAUUCUCACAGAAAUGUCUACAGAGUCAACUGAAUUAAACAACACAUCUAUGCCAAACAACGAAUCUAUAACAACCCAUGCAAACAGCAUAUCGAUAGCAACACAGAUCACAGAAAUGUCAACAGAGCCAAUUGAUCUUAACAGUUCAUCCUCGACAACUCAACAGAACGGUUUAUUAUUAUCAACAACUCAAUCAAACAACGUAUCCAUGUCAACUCAGCAAAACAAUAUAUCCUCGUCAACUCAACUUACAGAAAUGUCAACAGAUUUAUCACAACCAAACAACGUCUCAGUGUCAAAUCAACCAAACAUAAUCACGUCAACCCAACCAAACGACAUAUCCCUGUCAACACAGAUACCAGAAACGUCUACAGAGUCAACUCGGCCUAACAACGUGUCAGCUUCAUUCACAGAAAUUACAACAGAUUCAACUCAAUCAAGCAAAAUAUCUUUGUCAAACAACAGCUCAAACAUGUCAACAGAGUCAACUCAACCGAGCACCUCAACUCAACCGAGCAACAUAUCCAUGUCAACUAAACCGAGCAACAUAACCAUAACAACACAAGCAAACUAUGAAUCUUUAUCUACUCAACCGAGCAACAUAUCCAUAACAGCUCAACCAAUGAAUGAAUCCAUGUCAACGCAACCGAGCAACAUAUCCAUGACUACUCAACCAAUAAAUGAAUCCAUGUCUACACAACCGAGCAACAUAUCCAUGACAACAACUCAAGAAAUGUCAACAGAGUCAACUCAACAACCUUUAAGUUAUCUAUCAACAGACUCAACGGAUACAACAGAGUUGUUAACUCAAACAACAGAAGUAUGGUCACAAACACCAGAAGUGAUAUAUGAGCAAAAUGUGAUACUAGAAGCUGGUCGAAAUCAGACCGGGAUCUUGGUUUGCACUGUGAAAGCUAUUGAAUGGUUAUCGGUUACAUUAAGGAUAGGCAACAAGACAAAUGGGAAGAUCAUUGGAACAUUUGAUAAUAAUUUAACUAUUGAAAAUCCAAAUACUGUUGACCUAUUUACACCAGUAUUCAAUCGAGUGGCUUCAGAUGAAGUGACAGUAAGUCUAAAUACUGCUCUGGAAAACAUAAAUAGAAGUCUAUGCUCUACGAAAGAAGAAUUCAGUUGUUCCGUUACCAGUAAAUAUGGUUCUGAUCAAAAUGGUAGUAUGAUAUUCAUAACAGCACCGAUGUUUGGCGUGUUCAUCGAUGUAAAUUAUACAGAUGGUGAUUGGAUCAGAGUUAAUUGUUCCUCCCGUUCAGACAGUGGUGAAUAUUUCGCAAGCAUCAAUGUUAACAAUAUGAUAGAAGAUUAUUUCAAUGUAACAGAAUCCGACUUGCAAAAUGACUGUUCGGUACAUUUGUAUUGGACUUUACUUAUCCCUGCCAAUUUCAAUUUUAACUCGACAAAUCCGACAUUUAAAUGCAAAUUAGAAAAUACUCUUCGCGAUUCCACACGGGAGGCAACUCAAGAAUUCAUGAUUGCUCGAGGCAGUGAUUUAACGACCGAGUCUCUUGAAGUCUCUUCAAUGGGCCUCUGAUUAUUGCUAAAUGUUUGAAUCGUAAUGGAAAUUGC